AUGCCACCGCACAACCCGCAACCCCUUCCCUCCCUCACCCUGAUCGUGGCGACGACCCCGAUCCGCACCGCGUCGACAACCACAAAAGACGAAAUCACGCGCCUAGGAAUCGGCUUAAAUGGCACGCUCCCAUGGCCGCGCAUAAAAACAGACAUGUCAUUCUUCGCUCGCGUAACAUCCCGCCCACCGGGUCCAGGCACGACGAACGCCAUCAUCAUGGGCCGCAAGACGUAUGACUCAGUGCCAGCCUCACUGCGCCCACUCGCGAAGCGCAUUAACGUUGUGGUCACGCGUGACACAUCCGGGUCUGUUCGCGAGAGCGUGACUGCCGAAUUAGGGAAUAUGAGGAGAAAGAUUGCGGCUAAGGCCGCUCAGGCACAGGCCACAAGUGCGGAAAAGGAAGCUCUUGAGCCGCCCAAGGAUGCUGUUCCAGCUCCGCCGGUGGGCCCGGUGACGGAUGCGAUUGUUACACCGAGUCUGGGCGCAGCUUUGGAGCAGUUGGACUCUGUGUAUGGGGCGCAGGGGACGCUUGGCAAGAUUUUUGUUAUAGGUGGGGCCGAGAUUUAUAAUGCUACGUUGAAUAUGGGUGCCGAGGAGCUACGUGGUCGGCCUGUUAGGGUUGUCAUGACGAAUGUUGUGCGAAAGGGGGCUGUAGAUGUGCCUACUUCGUUUGAGUGUGAUACAUUCUUCCCGUUGGAUGGGCUUCACAAGAAGAAUGGGUGGCGGCCUGUUAGCCCCGGGGAGGUUUCCGAGUGGGUUGGAGAGGGUGUUGAUUUGGAGUGGAAGAAGGACGGGGAUGUUGAGGUUCAGAUGGUUGGAUUUGAAAAAUUGAUUUAG